AUGCCUUCAAUAGAUCCCCUAACUGCCACUAGUGCCUCGCUGCCUCCCUCUGCCAUGCCGCUCAUUUCUCCCAAUGCACUUCUCUACGCCCAUUUGAAGCAAAGCCCGCCUCGCCGCCCUUCAAACCGCAUCCCUUCCGAACCACGACCUAUCCAGCUCAACGUGGGCUCAUUGACGCACUGUAAUGGCUCUUCCUUGGUCAAGAUCGGAGCGACGACAAUAGUCUGUGGUAUUCGCGCCGAAAUUCUCUCUGCAAGCGAGAUUCCCAGUUUUCGGGUCAGCAAAUUCUCAGACAAAGACCGGACAACCUCACUGAGACGGAAGAAUGAGGUGGAUGACCAUGAGGAAGAGGCAGAAUACUCGGCCAUUGAGCUGUACAACCUUCUCGUGCCAAACAUCGAACUGGCCACGGGUUGCUCACCCAAACACCCUGCCAACACGGCUCCUUCAGUCGAAGCGCAGUCCAUAUCCCAACGCCUACUCUCAUUGCUUCAUACUUCGCAGCUCGUCAGAACCUCUGACCUCGAGAUCACCUACACCCCACCUCCAGAAUCCCAGGAUCUAGAGCUAGGAAUAGAGGCCGAAGUUCAGUUGAAGGCAUACUGGACGCUUUACAUCGACAUGGUGUGUAUCAGUCAUGGCGGAUCCAUAUUCGAUGCCGCGUGGCUUGCUCUACAUGCCGCAUUGCGAAACUGUCUCAUACCAAGGGCAUGGUGGGAUCCGGACUUGGGAAAAGUAAAUUGCUCAAUGGAUGUGAAAGAAGCAAGGGCACUGCGACUAAGAGGAAUGCCAGUACCCAGCAGUUGGGGUGUAUUUGUGCCCGAAAAGAGACUGUUGACCAUGCAAAAUGACGAAGAUCGGUAUUGGAUUCUUAUGGACAUGGACGCUCUUGAGGAAGAGUCUUGUGGGGAGAGCGGAUGUAUCACAGUGGAUUGCAGUAACAGUGCUGAUUUGGCAUCGUUCUUGAGAAUUGAAAAGAGCGGCGGCUCUGUGGUCGGUGUCGACCAGAUUGCAGGAAUGGCCGAAUUUGCCAAGCGGCGAUGGGAGCAGUGGAAAAAUGUGCUGGAACAUGCAUUGGCUGCUUGA